AACUGCACUGAGCUGCUUUGACACUAUAUAAGCCUGAGGCUUCACUCUGAGGAGCUUGGUACUUUUCCACAAGAGCAUUUGCAAAAAACAUGGCGAAAAUCAAUCCGUGUUUCAAGAAGACCUUCAUCUUCUUUAAUGCCCUUUUUGCGAUCUUUGGCAUUGUAAUUUUCGCCCUUGCUGUGAUUGGGCAACAGUUUGCUGAGGAGGAGCAUGGCAAGUCCGGAGUAAUAGUUCUGUAUGUGGCCGGUACCCUGAUGUUCCUUUUCUCUGUCUUGGGAGUUUAUGGCGCAUACAAAGAGAGCAAGUGGGCCCUUAUUGUGUUUUUCUCCAUCAUGUGUUUGGCGACUGGUGGCAUGUUGCGUGUUGCCAUUCCUUUGGCAACUCAACGCGCACAGCUCCGUUCAGAAGUCCAAUAUUACUUACAAUCCUCAUCGGCUAUGACUACAGAUAUGAAGCAUGCAUUAAACUCCAUACAACCGCAUCUCAAGUGCUGUGGACUCGGUCAUGGAUACCAGGACUGGCAGGGGGAUGUUCCUGCGUCAUGUAACUGUGACAAUUCCUAUAGUAGUGAGUGUAAGACUGUUAACAUAAAGAAGGACAUUUGGUACAAGAGUGAAAGUGAGACCCGAAAGGUGUGGUCCAAGCCAUGUGGGAAUCUGUUUGUUGAAUAUUUUGACAAAAUCAUGAACUUCUCGUUGGGACUGUUAUUCACCUUCGCAGUUCUGGCUAUUCUUGGAGGUCUGAUGUCUCUUAUGAUGAUCAUCACUAUCAGCAGUCCUACUGUCAGUCAGAUGCCGGGUUUCCCUCUUUCAUACCAGCCACCAAAAUACUCCGAGGUGGUCGGUUAUUAACCGGUUGGGUUUAGCUGGUUGAGCUUCAUUUGAUCCAAAAUAUGACCCAGAUUUUAUACUCCUGUUGUACAUUUUUUUUUGUUGUUUUUUUUUAGUCAGCAUUUCUUACUAUGUUGGGCAGCAUGUCAACAGGAUUGGAGGGAAAAAAGAAUCUUGCUUUAUGAUAUAUUCAUGAAAAGGCUUAGAAAAAGAUUGCAUUCAAAUAAUUUUUUUUUACUUUUUUAAAACACGUUAAAAUAAUAAUAAUAAUAAAUUAAAAAAAAAAUCUCUUCCGUGUCACCAGAUCUUUCUGUCGUUAUGUCUUGCACACUUUCCAUUUUUUCCAUAAACAUGUUUUAUAUCUACUCUAUUAGCGUCUAAUAAAAAAAAACUUCAUUUGGCGUUUUAUUAUUCAGAAAGGGACAAUAUUUCUGAUCAACAUGUCAUAAAGGCCCUUCUCCAAGCUGCCUGAAACCACAUAUCAUGUUUGCUUUUAUUUUCAUAAUAGUCCUCCCAUAAAGAGAGGUUUUUAUUGUUCGUUUGUUCAAUAUAGUAAUUAUUUUUCUGCUUUAGAAUUGUUUUAUUUUUUGCUCAGUAAAAAAAAAUAAAUAAUAAAAAAAACAUAAAAACUCUA